AUGACGGGUCUUGCGCCGUCGAAUGUGGUCAUUGUCCACCCAGAUCUCGGCAUCGGUGGUGCUGAGCGACUAAUUAUUGAUGUGGCACUAGCUCUGCAGAACCGGGGCCACCGCGUGACGAUCUACACCUCCCAUCGCGACAAGAACCACUGUUUCGACGAAGCCCGCGAUGGGACAUUGGACGUCCGCGUCCGCGGAAACACCAUAUUCCCCGCGCAUGUUUUCGGUCGACUCCACAUCUUCAUGGCCGCCAUGCGACAACUACAUUUGACAGUGUCCCUUUUGUCGGAACUAGGCGCGAGACACACACCUAGCGGUACAGCUUCGGAAAAGUCUGCGGAGAACAAUGAGGCUCAGGAUGAUAUCUUUAUUGUCGAUCAACUGCCCGCAUGCGUACCUUUUCUCAAGACCUUUGGCCGGGCACAAAAGUCCCACUGCCAACGAAUCCUAUUCUAUUGCCACUUCCCUGAUCAAUUGCUUGCGCGCCGAGACGAAGGUGGCUCCUUUCUUCGGCUAGCGAAGCAGCUAUACAGAUAUCCAUUCGAUUGGUUUGAGGGUUGGGCAUUGAGCGCGUCCGAUCGGGUUGUGGCGAACUCCAAAUUCUCACGCGGGGUUGUGCAGCAGGUCUUUGGCACGGACACGCUGGGAGAUGUCGAAGUCAUUUAUCCCUGUGUCGAUACGGAUGAGAAGGCCAUAGCACCGGAGGCGAAAUCAGCAGACCCUCUUUGGGGCGGGAAGAAGAUCUUACUGAGCAUCAAUCGCUUCGAGCGGAAGAAGGAUAUGGGUUUGGCGAUCCGGGCAUACAAUGGAUUGGGUGCGGAGAAGAGAAAAGGAACUCGAUUGGUAAUUGCCGGCGGAUAUGACAAUCGUGUCCAAGAAAAUGUCCAAUACCACCAAGAGCUCGAUACUCUAGCAACUGGCCUCGGACUGCUGACCGCAACCGCGAAGACUGUUGUCUCUGCGCUUUCUAUCCCUGAUGACAUCGAUGUUCUCUUUUUGCUUUCCGUCCCCACAACCUUUAAAGAUACCCUACUCAUACAGUCCAAGCUGCUCCUUUAUACCCCGAUCAAUGAGCAUUUUGGUAUUGUCCCUGUUGAGGCUAUGCGCGUCGGACUCCCUGUCCUGGCCUCAAACACUGGUGGUCCCUUAGAAACAAUCGUCGAGGGCGAAACGGGCUGGCUCCGGGACUCACACGCGGUUGACGAGUGGACAGCUGUCAUGGAUAAAGUUCUCAAUGAACUCAGUCCACAACAAAUUGACAAGAUGGCUGCAGCUGGUAAGCUAAGAGCCGAUCGUGAGUUCUCACUCACGGCUAUGGGCGAUCGGUUAGAAAAAGAGAUCUCCACCAUGGUAUCAGCGAAGCGUCGUCCGUUUGACGGAUGGAUGCAGGUGUUUGUUGGUCUUGCUAUCAUCGUGGCAUUAAUUGCAAACGUCUGCUUGUUUGUGUUUCACUUGGCUACUUGA